CUCCUGCAACCUGUAUUUCUCUUCCACUAUGAGCAGACCGACUCUGUUGCCCAGCUCUGUGCCUUUCUGUAGCGUUCUCUUCCUUACCUUAGCCACACAAUGUCUAGCUUUCCCAAAAGUGGAAAAGAGGGAGAUGGCACAUGCUUAUGCCCAGACAGAGCAGUCCUGGAAGAUGGAAACAGGUGAAGAAGAAAACAUCUCCUCUGCUCCAGAGCACAUGUCCCAGCAGACAUCCUUUGAAGCUCCUAUGGUACUGUCUGUGGGACCAUCUGUGAUGCCAUUAAAUAAAGUCUUCUCGGUCAACAAAGAACACCACCGCCCUGGAGCUGGACUUCUGAAUCCUAACAUCCCUGAUCUUCAGUCUUCCACUGAGCCAGCGGUCUCAGCCGCCAGUGAACAAGGGCAUGGUCCCAGUCAGCUUGAAGGAAAGUCUUCUGAACAGAGACUUCCCAAGGCCUUGUCAAUCAUUGCUGUCUCUUCACCUGCUUCUCUUAAUCCUCACCAGGAGGGGCCCCAGAGCAGCUCUAGCACCCAGCCCAUUGUAGAAGGGAUCACAGUUGUAACACGUGACUUCCUGAAGUAUGUGGAUAAUCAGUUGUUUGCAACUGAAAGUCAGGAAGCAGUUAGCUUGGGACAUACACCUUCAUCUUAUAUAAAUACCAAAGAAAUGCUAGCUGCCAGUCCAAGAACAGAGAAAGCUGACGCAGAUGCAGCCAAGAGGACGACUGCCUUUCCUGGGGUCGAUUCCACAGCAGACACAGAGCAUGAUGGGGAGAGGCCCUCGGAGGAAUCAGAUGACAAUGUGCAGACCACUGCCACCACGUACUUGGAAACAACCCCUAAGGAUGCUCUGAAUAUUGAUCCAUCAACUGAGAGUCUUCUGGGGGACCUCAAGGUCACAGUGAGUGUCAGCACAGCUGUUCCGGUUUCUUCUGUCCCAAGUGAUGAGUGGGAUGACACCAAAUUUGAGAGUGUAAGUCAGGCAAGGACCACAGAUUCAGGAGACCAUGCAGAGAUUCGGGUGAGAACAGAGCCACCACAUGGAGCACAAGAGAGCUUUGAAGGGACUGAGGGGAGCCCCACUUACAUCACACAAGAGAUGACAAUGGCCACACAAGAACCAGACCCCACAUUAGCCUUGGUGACACAAGAGCACGUUGAGGUCCCCAGAGGCAGUGGUAAGCUUGAAGAGGGUAUGCCAUCCCCCUCUCCUGUGUCUGCUGAUGUGGGUGCCACCGAGCUCUCCAGGAGAUGGGAGUCUCUGGCCACUCCGGCCUCCACAGCUGUUGUCCCUUUGACUCUCAAAGUUACCUCUUCCAUGGAAGAAACAGGGUUCCAUGUAGCCCAUAGUAACUUCCAACUCCUUGAACUUCUGAAAUUUCUGCCUUCAUCUCCCAAGUGCUCUUUUCAGGCUGCUUUUAAUACAACUCAGAAUUUCAUGUCCAUGGAUGGCACAGAACUAUGUGCUUACCAUCUCACACCAAUCAUUAAUCAAGAAAAUCUCACAGACCUACCUACAGGCCAAUCUGAUUGA